AUGGCCGGCACCUCACCUACUGUUGACGGCCUUAUCAACCCAGGACUAACACAAAGUCGGCGAGAUGCUGCCCAAGAAGAAGGCCACGGCUCCCCCAUAGGGCCCGACUUGGGUUCCAGGCCCAACAAUAGGAGUACCGAAGAGACUGAGGCGGAUAGAGGUGAGCAUUCGCGACCCGUGGCAUCAUAUCUUCCGUCUUGGGAGCACAAUAUAACUCACCCCACCACUGAUACCGAAACACCCAACAUUGAAUCCGGCGAUCAGCCUCAAGCACCCGACGACGACGGAGGCAGCCGCGACAGCUCGUCCAAGUACAUAGAGCCCGUCGAAUCAGAAGAAGCAGCCAAGCUAGGAUACCCGUCGCUGAAUUUCCGAUUCCUUAUACUGGCCGACUGGAUACUUGUCCUGACACUUAUCAUCUGGCUGCUGGUGCUCGGCGGAGUGAUUACCCUGACUGUGCUGCAAAUGAAAGAUCCCAGCAGGCUGCAUAUUCGAGUCGAGUCCAACUAUUACGCCCUCCGCUACGGCCCCAGCAUCGUCGGGUUAUUCUCAACAAACUGGUGGCGGGCCAUUACCCAGGGCUACAACAGGCUCAUCCCCUACGUCGUCAUGGCCAACGUUCGACUAAAUGCGGGCAGCAAGGACCGCAACGAGGCGAUUGUGGCUCAUAGACUAAACAAUGCCGACGCCAACACCAUGGACGUGCGCCUAAUCCCCGAGCUCUGGAAGAGCAGGCACUUGACGACGCUGGCGGUGAACCUGCUCUCGGUCAACAUCCUCAUUCUUACACCGCUCAAGACGUCUUUCCUCCAGCUGACCAAGGACUCUACCGGCUGGGGGGUCGAGGUCUCGCCUACUGUCGGAUGGAUCAUCGUGGCCUGCUACUCGGCUCUGUCUGGAGCGACGCUGGCCAUCAUGAUACGCCUCCACGGCAAGGUCACGGGGUUGAAAUGGAGCCCCUGUUCUUUGGCGGCGCAGAUUGCAUUGCUUCAGUACUCUGAUGUUCCGAGGCUGGAGACCUGUGAAGGGUUGGAGUUUGACACUCGAAGGCUGGUCGUGGAGAGGAUGAAGGCCUGGACGCGGGAUUUCGGUGUACUGCGGCUAGGUUAUUGGAGGGACGUACGAGAUCCCAGCAAGCUCUUCUAUUGCAUUCGAUUCUUCAAGUCAGAUGAAGGACCGUCGCCGGGGCCUCUUGAGCGACAAAUGAGGGCGAGAAUAAGACGUGGCGAUACGCAGCUGUACCGGUAUGCACUGAGAGAUCAAGACUAUGCAGAGAGUGAAGCGCCCGUUGCGCACUUCACCGAGUCGCAGAUCAAUUUCCUGGAGCGACACCCCAAGCCCCUCUCCUAUUUCCGAUACUGGUUUCUCUUCCCUACCUUCUUCUUCAGCGACUGGUUCAUCGUGCCCAUUUGGACGGUCUUACUCGGCGCCUUGGCUGCCCUGUCCGCCACGCUCGGCACGCGAGCCGUCCUGCUGGCCCAUUCCUACGCCGGCUUUGCUCGCAGCUCGUUUGUCCGCAGCCUGGUGUUUAGCUUUCUGCCCUCUGCCCUCUUCUCCUCCUGCAACAUGGUGCUGCUCCAGUCCGACACCUACCACCGGAUGCUGCAGCCGAUCCGGGCCAUGGACCAACCCGCGCCCGGCAGAGAAAGCGUCUUGCUCGACUACAUGUCGGCGGAUCCUGUCACGGCCAUAAUAACGGCCUGCAGACGGGGACACUUGCGAAUUGCGUGGGGUCUCUUGGUUGCUCUUGUUUGCGGCGUCACGCCCAUCGUCUCGGGAAGCAUCUUCAUCUUCGACUUGACUUCGCAGACGUUUCGGGCCUCGCCGACUCCUACUUAUGCUGCUCUGGGCAUUGCAUGCGUGUACAUGCUUGCUCUGCCGUUUGCGAGGAUCGACGCCAAGUACGUGGCUGGUCGCGGGCUGUGGAAUAUCGUGGAUACGUUAUCCUUGUGCUACGACAGUCCCAUCCUGCACUGCCCGGAGUUUGCGACGCAGGGGAAGCGUGAUGACGAAGACAUACAUCUGCAGUCGCAGAUUAUCCGGCAGGGGCGGCUGUACCAGUUCGGAUAUUAUCUGGGCGACUCUGGGCGACGGCGUUUAGGCUUCAGCGUCGCCAGGCUGGUGCCCUCGCGGCAGGGCGAAAACGGUGGUCCCCAAACAGAUCUGGUGACUUCUGAAGAAUAUGCUGUGCGUGGAAAUAGUCCAGAGCCGGAGUCGUUUGAUGGUGUCGAUAGGGUCAAGUCCAGGUUUGGGUUCUUCAGAUUUGUUCUGGUUUGGUUGCGUGAACCUGCCAUCAUCCUGGGCGUGACUCCAGAUAGAAUGCGGCAGGAUGAUACGGAAAUGAACGUUAUGAGAGGUGCUUCUGGCGGGGGCCAAGAGGAUGAGAGAGACUAA